AUGGCCAUCAAGGUCGGCAUUAACGGCUUCGGCCGCAUUGGACGCAUGGUCUUCCAGGCCCUCUGCGAGGCAAACCUUCUCGGGACGGAGAUUGACGUCGUGGCGGUGGUGGAUAUGAGCACGGAUGCGGAGUACUUUUCAUACCAGAUGCGCCACGACUCCGUGCACGGCAAGUUCAAGUACAAGGUGACAACGGCGAAGAGCAACCCAUCCGUGGAGAAGGACGACGUGCUGGUGGUGAAUGGGCACCGAAUCCUCUGCGUGAAGGCGCAGCGCAACCCGGCGGACCUCCCGUGGGGCAAGCUCGGCGUGGAGUAUGUAAUUGAGUCAACGGGCCUGUUCACCUCCAAGGCGGCGGCGGAGGGCCACUUGCGGGGCGGU